AUGGCAAGUCCUCCGGGGACGGCGGGACACCUGUUAUCUAGUGGCGUCAAUGGCGUAAAGAAGUGCGGCUACUUAAGGAAGCAGAAACACGGGCACCGACGUUUUUUCGUGCUGAGGGAACCCGCCGACCGCUCGCCUGCUCGGCUGGAGUACUAUGAGAGCGAGAAGAAAUGGCGAAACAAGGGCGCCGCUAAACGGGUGAUUAGUUUGGACUCCUGCCUCUGCGUCAACAAGCGGGCGGACGCCAAACAUAAACACCUGAUCGCCCUCUACACCAAGGACGAGUACUUCGCUGUGGCUGCGGACAGCGAGCAGGAUCAGGAGAGCUGGUAUGUUGUUCUGACCGACCUCCUCGCCGAGGGGAGGGUGUACGACAGUCCCGCUUCUACUUCCUCUCUCGUUGGUUUUGAAGAGGCCAACUAUGGACUCGUUAGCCCAGCAACAGCGACAUACAAGGAGGUAUGGCAAGUCAAUUUAAAAUCUAAAGGUCUUGGUCAGGUGAAGAACCUCACUGGUGUCUAUAGGCUUUGUUUGUCCAGCCGAACCAUCAGUUUUGUGAAGCUGAACUGCGAGACAGCGGCGGUAUGUUUACAGCUCAUGAACAUCAGGAGAUGUGGCCACUCAGAUAGUUUCUUCUUCAUUGAGGUUGGGCGGUCAGCAGUGACUGGGGCCGGGGAGUUCUGGAUGCAGGCAGAGGACUCGGUGGUGGCUCAGAACAUCCACGAGACCAUUCUGGAAGCUAUGAAGGCUAUGAAGGAGCUCUCAGAGUUCAGGCCUAGAAGCAAAAGCCAGUCAGCCAGCACCACCCCCAUCUCUGUGCCCACACGCCGCAACCUCAAUAAUUUGCCCCCAAGUCAGACGGGGCUCACGAGGAGAUCCAGGACAGCCAGCGCGGCAGCCACAUCUCCAGGGAGGAAGUUUACAUCCUGUCGGGUUAGAACCUCCAGCGAGGGUGACGGAAGUGUGCCGCGGCCCGUGUCUAUGUCAAUGCCCGCAAAUGAAAGACCCGCUAGUCCAAACGCCGGCACUCAACUCAGCAGGUCCCACACUCUGAGCAACGGUCGCACCUGCAGGAUACUCGAGUCAUCCUCCAAUUUGCACCACAGCCUGUCCAUGCCAGUAUCCAACUCCCCUCCAGCUUCAUCCAGCCCAAUCAGCAUGUCUCCUGGGCAUAAUCUCACCACACCCAACAAGGCCGGACAACCUUUUAGUUGUAGCGGCUUCCUUAGCGACACUGGUUUCAUGCUGUGUGAUGAUUACAGUUGCAGUCCACUUGAAACAAAGUUCCUUCCCCUGACUCGCAGCGACACCCCUGACUCACUCUCGAGCACCCCUUCAUCCCGUGACAUGAGCGACCCUUGUGGCUACAUGCUAAUGGUGGGUGCGAAUAGUAACAAGUCCAGGGCGGCCAGCGAAGGUGUGAUGAUUGAUAAAGCUUACAGGAAGCGAACUCACUCCCUUACAACGCCACGUCAACAGAAAGCGGUGUCACUUUCUUCAGCAUCAUUAGAUGAGUACACACUCAUCCAGGCUGGCAAUGGACACAACUCUCAUUCAGCCUCACCCAAAGUCUGCUACCCAGAAGAUUAUGGAGACAUAGAGGUUGGCUCAUCCAGAAGCUCUAGCAGUAACCUUGGUGACGAUGGCUACAUGCCCAUGACUCCAGGUGUGGCGCCACAAUGUGGUAAAGGGGACAACUAUAUGCCGAUGAGCCCCAUGUGUGUCUCUGCACCUAAGCAGAUUGUGAACCCUCGAGUCCACCCUCACGGGCCUACCAGUAGAAGCUAUAAGACCAGCUCCCCCUCCAGCAUCUCACUGGAGGACAGCGGCUACAUGAGAAUGUGGUGUGGCUCCAAGUCCUCCGUGGAGAGCCCGGACAGACACGGUGAAUACAUGAACAUGUCACCUGGAAACCCACCUGCAUUCCAGACCCCCCCAGAUUACUAUUUGGGUUUAAUGGCUGGAGAACCAACAUUGGUGAGGCCAACGUACCAGCCGAGCACCUCCUCCAAUUCUGCUGCAGCCCAACCAUCCAAAAAUGAUGAUGGCAACCAGUAUGUAUUGAUGAGUCCUCAAAGUUCAAGACCCAGGGCGGCAGAUAUGGACUACUAUUCCGUGAUGCAACCUGUAGCAGCUCAAAACUCGCCGCUGAGCCCUUCAACAGCUUCCUCAGCUAGACACAACCGAGCUCAGAACGUGACCCACCGAGGUAGGCUUGGCAGGCCUAACAGACUGUCCCUUGACACGCUCAAGACCCUGCCUAGCAUGCACGAGUACCCCCUUCCCGGAGAGCCCCGUAGCCCUGGAGAAUACAUUAACAUUGACUUUAGUGACACCCGAAUUUCUCCACCUUCAACAGAGUCCACUGAGAGCCAGUCCUCAUCUUUGAGCUCCAGUGAUGAGGGUUCCAGAAGGCCAUGUCUGACUUCCUACAUCAAACUUGAGAUGGCUUUGCAGCAGCCAAAGAGAGCUGAUACUCUUACUGCAGAACACAUGGACGCACUCCCAGACCUAUCCUUGUGUCCCAGCCCAAAUGAGGAAGUUGUGUACCAUUUAGAUGGCAAAAAAGAUACAAAAGAAGGAGUUGAGGGGGAUAAAGAUUAUACUGAAAUGAAAUUUGGAAUGACAAGCUCACCCCCGCAGCUUGUUCCUCAAAACACAAGCAUCCAGGGCAGCAGAGGGAGAAGGCAUUCACUGGAGGAGUUGGCUGUCCCAGAAGGAAUUGGAGUCUUUCUCCUAGGGGCUGCCUCUUCAUCAAUACUCGACCCACACUGCUCCGCCAAGGUGAUCCGCGCCAAUCCGCAAGGACGGAGACGCCACAGCUCUGAGACCUUUUCCUCCACGGCCACUGUGACACCAGUCUUCCCUUCGUUUGCCCGUGGUGAGAUUGUGAAAAGGCACAGCUCUGUGGAGAAUAUCUCCUCUCGGAGCAGUGAGGGCUCCGACGAGGAGUACGGCAGUCCCGUAAACGGGCAAGGCUCGGUCGCUUAUCCAAACAGACUGAACUACAUUGCUUUGAACCUGCUGGACAACAAAUGUGAUGAAAUUGUUGGCUUCAAACCGACUGGCAGCUGCAAACAGGGUGUCAAUGGAUUACACAGCACGUCAUAUGUCUGCUUGGGCUUCAAGGAGUCUGCAACAACUGCCAAAGGUCGGACACAGCGCGUGGAGCUUUGA